AUGUCAAACCAAGGCGCAUACGCGAGCGCGGGCUCUUCCUCCCCUGUGACGCCUAGUCUGCAGUUAAAAGAACACGAGAAAGAGAUUCUCAAGCGCCAAAUACACACUCCAGAGCCCCAGAUGAGUCGCCUGGGCCUUUUAUAUACAUGUGCAACAACCUAUGAGCUACUUGUCCUGGCCAUCAGCUCAAUUGCAGCGAUAAUUGGAGGGGCACUCCAACCCAUAUCUUUUCUCUUUAUAGGGGGCCUGGCCCAAGCAUUCAAGGAGUUCUUCCUGGGGACGUCUUCGGGCUCUCACCUCUCAUCCCUGGUCGCAAGAUUCGCCCUGUAUUAUGUAUACAUCGCCAUCGGACGAUUCGUUGACGGGCAAGCUUUCUCUGACUCCUGUGCCAAUUUUUGCACGGCUUUCAUCAUCAGCUUCGUUAAAAGCUGGCGCAUGGCUCUUAUCUUGAUAUCUGCUAUAGUGGCAGAAACAGGAUCGAUGAGUAUAUGCUCUUCGUUUAUGGUUAAGUGUACCAACAUGUCUUUAUCGGCAUAUGCAGACGGGUCGACAGCUGCCGAGGAGGCAAUCAGUUCAACCAGACACGUUACUGCAUUUGGGAUCAAAGACAAGCUGGCCGAUCGGUAUCGGAAAUUUCUCACCGAGGUAGAGGAUUAUGGUCUAAGAAGUCGCAUUGCUCUUGCAGCUAUGAUGGCCAUCAUGAAUGGGGUUAUAUUUUGGACCUACGGACUGACAUUUUGGCAAGGGUCUCGUUAUCUUGUUGUUGGCGAUAUCGAAUUAGGAGCUCUGAUAACCAUUAUCCUUGCUACGCUAACUGGAGCGUUCACGUUUGGUAAUAUAGCACCCAACUUCCAAGCGUUUGCGACCGGUGUGGCAGCAACAAGAAAAAUCCUUGCAACCGUGUCCAGGAAGUCACCACUAGAUCCAUCAUCCUCCACAGGAAGCAAGCUACAAGCUGUGUCUGGGACAAUAGAGCUCAGGAACAUUCGCCAUGUUUACCCUUCUAGACCGGACGUACUGACUUUAGUUGAGAUAAAUCUUCUAUUUGCAGCUGGAAAGACGACCGCCAUCGUUGGUGCUUCUGGCUGUGGGAAAAGUACAUUGGCGGGUCUGAUUGAGAGGUUUUAUGAACCAAUAAGUGGCGAAAUAUUGCUCGAUGGCCACGAUAUCCCGUCUCUAAAUUUACAAUGGUUACGCCAACAAGUCGCGAUCGUCACGCAACAGCCCACUCUCUUCGCCACGACAGUAUUCGAAAAUAUCAGGUUUGGUCUGAUAGGUACUGGACACGAAAACUCCCCUCAUACUGUAAUAGAAAAGCUUGUGUUUGACGCCGCAAAGAAAGCGAACUGUUUUGAAUUUAUCUCCGCCUUGCCGGACGGAUUCGAUACUGAUGUUGGCGAAAGAGGUUCAUUACUUUCGGGUGGACAAAAACAGCGAGUUGCCAUUGCACGGGCUAUUAUCAGCAAUCCGAAGGUCUUACUGCUGGAUGAGGCUACUUCAGCUCUAGACGCCCAGGCCGAGCGGCUGGUACAGGCGGCGCUUGAUGUUGCUGCGGAAGGUCGGACAACGAUCACAAUCAGUCACCAAUUAUCCACUAUUACAGCGGCCGAAAAUAUUGUUGUUAUGUGCCACGGACGUGUUGUCGAGCAAGGAACCCACAACGACCUACUUGAGAAACGAUCGAUGUAUUACGAGUUAGUGGAGAAGCAGCGCAUGUCGACUGAAAAGAGUAUCGUCAUCAGCGAAGGAAAUUCUGCCCUCGACACAGACCCUGAGCUUCCCGACUUAAAAGACGAGGGCAAAGAGUCUAACAUAUAUACACAGGCCGUGUUCUACGGCAAGACAAUCGCGGCAAUGUCGUUGCCGCCUGAUAUGUAUGAAACGCUACGUCAUGAUGUCAACUUCUGGAGUGUGAUGUAUCUGAUGCUGGGCUGUACUGCAUCCUUGGGCUGGGGAGCAUCGGGUCUCUGUUUCGCCUACUGCUCCGAGCGCCUGAUUCACCGUGCCAGAGACCGUUCUUUCCGCGCAAUGCUCUAUCAGGAUAUUUCCAUGUUCGAUAAAGCCAAGUUCUCAGCCGGUUCACUUACAUCCUCGUUGUCCACGGAUGCUACCAACCUUGCGGGAAUGAGUGGUGUGACUCUAGGCUCCAUCUUCGUUGUCUCAACGACUUUAAUUGCUGGCGUGGCUGUAUCGAUUGCGAUAGGUUGGAAGCUGGGACUGAUCCUCGGGGAAAUGGCUCGACAGUCGAAGGCGGCGUAUACAGCUUCAGCAACUUACGCGUGUGAGGCAAGUUCUGCCAUCAAGACGGUUGCAUCGCUAAAUCUCGAAAACCAUGUACAGCAAGAGUAUCACAACAUAUUGGAAGCCCAGCGACAGAAAUCGGUGGUUUCAACACUCAAGUCAUCAGCGCUCUAUGCAGCCUCACAGUCGGCUAACUUUCUCUGCAUCGCGUUAGCUUUCUGGUAUGGAGGAAGUCUCAUCAUCCAUGAAGGCUAUUCUAUGGUGCAGUUCUUCAUCGCUUAUGCGGCUAUUGUCGUAGGCGCAUUCAGCGCCGGGGCUAUUUUCUCCUUCGCGCCUGAUAUGAGCAAGUCUCGCCAGGCGGCCCAGGAUAUUAAAACGUUAUUGGACCGGCCUGUCAAGAUUGACGCCCGCCAAGAAACCGGCGAGCUGUUAACGAAAAUGGACGGCAGCUUAGAGUUGCGAAAUAUUUAUUUCCGAUACCCCAACAGACCGGAGAGGGUGGUUGUUAGCGGCUUGAGCUUGAGCAUUCAACCGGGCCAAUACAUAGGUCUGGUGGGAGCGAGUGGAUGUGGCAAGAGCACCAUCAUUGCUUUGCUGGAGCGGUUCUUUGAUCCUGAAGCGGGGCAGAUAUUGGUUGAUGGGAAAGACAUUUCCAGAUUGAAUGUCAAGAGCUACAGGAGCCACCUUGCUCUGGUUAGUCAAGAGCCGACGCUAUAUCAAGGAACCAUCAGGGAGAAUAUCACCCUGGGAACCAACGACGAGGAUGUUUCCGAGGAGAAAAUCAUCAAAGCGUGCAAGGAUGCCAAUAUCUACGACUUCAUCUUAUCUCUGCCUGACGGCUUCUCGACAGUGGUAGGAGCGAGGGGCGGCAUGCUCUCUGGCGGACAGCAACAACGAAUAGCCAUUGCGCGAGCGCUUCUUCGCGAUCCACGUAUCCUCCUCCUAGACGAAGCGACUUCCGCGCUCGAUUCGGAGUCUGAAAAGGUCGUCCAGGAUGCACUGAAUGCGGCGGCUCAAGGCCGAACGACGGUCGCCGUUGCGCAUCGGAUAAGCACGGUGCAGAAGGCCGAUUGUAUUUACGUGUUGCAUAAA